UGUACCGCCCAUGUGCGUCAAGACUGCAUCGCGAUUGCCGGAAUCAUCAUAAAGACACUUUUGAAACCAUUCGCCGCUUCGUAGUUUGUGUUUUGGUAACUCGUUGUAGUUUAUUGCAUUACCAGACUCAAAACAUCGUGUUUAAAGUAUAAUCGAUGCAGAGUAUCAUAACUUAGUUAAACAGAGUUGCAGAAGAUGCGGGAUGGAUGUUAAUAUCUUGUUGCGCGUUUGACAGUUGUGGUGCACUUUUAGAGAGCCAUUUCUUUUUGACCAUCUGAACUGACAUGACCAAAUAAUGUUGCCACGGAAAAGUAUCAUUCCUGAUGAGUUCUCUGUACCGGCGCUCGUGUCGCGGAUGCCCCGCAAACCCGUGUUUAGGGACCGCGUAAACAAAGCGCGCUUUAUCACAAAGGGUGGCGCGUGUAAUUUAGCGCAUAAGAAUAUACGCGAGCAGGCCAGAUUCCUGCAGGACGUGUUCACCACUCUGGUGGAUCUCAAAUGGCGUUUCACAUUGGUCAUUUUUACCAUGACUUUCCUGUGCAGCUGGCUGCUGUUUGCUAUGGGAUGGUGGCUGCUGGCAUUUGCGCACGGGGAUCUGGACCUCAACCCGAAAGCACACAUACAGCAAUGUGUCAUCAAUGUCAACUCCUUCACAUCUGCUUUCCUUUUCUCAAUCGAGGUGCAGGUCACAAUAGGUUUCGGGGGACGUAUGAUUACUGAGCAGUGUCCCACAGCUAUAGCUUUCCUCAUAUUACAAAAUAUCAUAGGCCUUAUAAUCAAUGCCGUCAUGCUCGGUUGUAUCUUUAUGAAAACAGCCCAAUCCCACCGGCGCGCCGAGACCCUCAUCUUCAGCCGCCAAGCCGUAAUCGCUGUGCGCAACAACCACCUGUGUUUCAUGAUCCGAGUUGGGGACCUGCGUAAAAGCAUGAUCAUCAAUGCUGUAGUGCGACUUCAGGUGGUCCGAAAAACGACCACGCCGGAGGGAGAGGUCAUACCUAUCCACCAGAUUGACGUGCAAACGGAAAGUGCUGGCAAUAGCAUUUUCCUGUUGGCACCCCUAAACAUAUGUCACGUCAUUAACAAAGACAGUCCUUUAUACGAUCUGUCAGCCAUGGAGUUACAGUGUAGUGACCUAGAGGUUAUUGUGAUACUGGAAGGCGUGGUGGAGACCACGGGGAUCACCACUCAAGCUCGCACUUCAUAUGUGGCCGAGGAGAUCCAAUGGGGCCACCGCUUCGUGCCUAUAGUGACCGAGGAGGAUGGAGUGUAUUCGGUGGACUAUUCAAAGUUUGGGAACACGGUCAAGGUGGCCACCCCGCCCUGUAGUGCCCGUGAGCUGGAUGAGAAGCCGUCGAUUCUGAUCCAGACGCUACAUAAGAGCGAGCUGUCGCACCAGAACUCUUGGCGCAAGAGGAACUCAAUGCGCCGCAACAACUCCAUGCGCAAGAACAACUCCAUGCGCCGCAACAAUUCGGCUCUCUCUGUGCCCAAAGUGCAGUUCCUGACCCCGGAGAAUUUGCAAAACUCAAUUAUAACAUGACAAGAAGCUUUUCCUUUUUGGUUAUCUUGCACCAGUCUCUACACUUCACUAAUCCUUGUUUUACUAUUACUAAACUAAUUUUGUGUUACUUAAAAGACACUUGAAACUGUAUGUUUUUAUUGUAAAUACCUCUAUAUUUUAUACUGUAAAUAUAUGUAGGCUUACAUAAUAUUUUUCUUGUCUCUUAUCCUUAUGUGUUCACUUUUUUCCCCUCUCUAUCUUUAUAUGUUUCUUUAUAUAUUAUUAUAAUUCACUAUUGUAUAGCUGUAGACUGCAUAUCCCCUCCAAAAGCUCUUCAGUGUAUAAUGUCACUGACAUCUGUACAUAUGACAAAAACUUGUAACUUGAAAUUCACUUUUUGUUUCAUUCUACAUUGCAAAUGUCCAUGUUCCACAACGAUUUUGUAAAAUGUUUGCAAAACAUGAGAAAAACAUAAACAGA